AUGGAGCCUGGCAGCGGCGACGGGGACAGGGCGGACUUUCUGAGGAGCUGCUUCCUGUCAGUGCGUCUCAUCAGCAAGUCCACCCCCCCUCCCCUCUCCCUCCCCUCUCCCUCCCCUCUCCCUCCUCCCCCUCUAUCACUUCUGAUGAGUCCACACACGCAGCUGCAGGGAAAGAGACAGAGAAGUCCUCACACUCCGCAGCAGGACCUCAUCAGUGAACACAACAUGAGGACAAUGGCAAUUGUUGGAGAAUGA